GUGCUAUAGGACGCGCUAAACCAUAAGAGCCACAAAUCAAGCACACAGGUUUAUGCUAUUUUACCUCCAAAAUAAUAAAACAACAACAACAACAACACCUACAACGAGCAAACGCUGGAAUUGUCAACAAAUGAGCUCCUAUUUUGUGAACUCAUUCUGCGGUCGCUAUCCCAAUGGCGCGGACUUCCAGUUACAUAAUUAUGGAGACCAUAGUACGGCAAACGAGCAAUACAGAGACUCCACAGCCAUGCAUUCCAGCAGGUACGGCUAUGGCUACAACGGGAUGGACCUAACAGUCGGGCGGGCCGGCACCGGACACUUUGUGGGCAGCGAGCGCACGGCGGGCUACUCCCCGAGUCACUCAGCGGCGACAACACCCUCCGUUGAGCCGGUCAGGUACGCCCAGUCCGCCGGCAGCACCGGGACCUCGUCUCUAUCGCCUCCGCCUGACCCGCUACCGUGCUCCUCGGUCGCCAGCUCGUCCCCGGUCGCCGAGACGCAUUCGCAACAGAGAGCCGUGAAAAACUCCAUAACGACCCCGUGCUCAACCCCGUGCUCGAGCUCGAACGGAAGCACGCUGCUGCUCAGCCGGGACUGUGUGUCCAAAGCUUCCCCCCUGGAGGAAGAGAAGCCUGCGGGAAGUACACCGACAACCCCUCAAAAUCUCACCGACUCAGCACAGCCUCAGAUCUAUCCGUGGAUGAGAAAACUACAUAUAAGUCACGAUUUGUCAGGACCAGAGGGCAAGAGAGCCAGGACUGCAUACACUCGGUACCAGACCCUGGAGCUGGAGAAGGAGUUCCACUUCAACCGCUACCUGACCCGCAGGCGGAGGAUCGAGAUAGCCCAUGCCCUCUGCCUCUCAGAGAGACAGAUCAAAAUCUGGUUUCAGAACCGCAGGAUGAAGUGGAAGAAGGACAACAAGCUGAAGAGCAUGAGCAUGGCGGCCGCAGGCGGGGGAGGCUACAGGCCUUGAUAUUCACUCCUCAACCCUUGAUGACGAGCCCCAUAAAAAAAUAAAAACAAAGAUUGUCAUAUCAACUUCUCCUCCUCCUAUUUCAGAAAGCGCAGAGACUUGGUAAAGGCUGUGUGCGGGACAAGGGGGACGCCCCAUCUAGCCCACUGUAUGUCCAACAACCGUCCCAUUAUAUUCCUUAAUAUUAUUUCCUUUUUAUUUCCACCGUGGUUAAUGCUUAUGUGAGUAAAAAAAAAUAAAAUAA